AUUUGCGAUCAUAAUAUGGUUAUUAGAGCUAUUGAUGCUUGUCAUCCCGGUUCUAGCUAUGACUCCUUUAUAUGGAGCAUGAGCAAUGCAAGACAGUUAGUCAUGACGAAGUAUCGAGAUGGUGAUCACAAUUCGUGGUUAUUGGGCGAUGCCGGGUAUGCUCUGGGACCUUUUCUAUUAACAUCAUGUAGAAAACCAGAACCACGGUCUAUACAACUCGCGUUUAACAAAACACAUUCUUCGGCACGAACCUUGCAGUACAAACCAAAAAAGGUUGUGAAAAUAAUUAAUGUAUGUGUUGUCUUGCAUAAUAUUUGUCGCCACUAUAAUCUUGAAUAUGACUAUGAUGAACCUGAAGAAAAUGCCAGCGAAGUAGAUAGUGAAGUAGAUAGAUUUGUACUAACAGACAUUAACUUGCAAAGUGAAGCACAAAGAAUUAGAGACGAAAUUGCGAAUAAUAUUAUAUAA